GUUGAAGACAAUGAGGUUGAAGAUGGUAUUCUUCUUAUUGGAGAGAGAGAACUUCAACUGCCAGAACUGCCGCUGGACUUCUUGAAUACAAACCCUGCCAUGACAGAAGAUAAUAAACUUCUAGUCCAAGGAGACAUGGUCUUAACCCUGGAUCAAGCUGCGAAACUUUAUGGUGGAAGGACUGGUAGGAAGGCGACAUACAAGGACGAAUAUCUAUGGCCGAAUGGAGAAAUCCCUUACAAACUGAGCAAACAAUCCAAAUUGGACGAGGAUGUUAUCAAGUCUGCUCUCCAGUUCUGGAUGGACAGUACCUGUGUGAAGUUCAGAGAACUCAAAACCUACGAAAAAGCUCCAAACUAUCUUUACUUCGUCCGAGAAAACGGGUGCUGGUCUUCUGUAGGUAUGGUUGAGAAUGAACAAAAGAUAUCUAUAGGUCCAGGCUGUGACAAGAAACAGGUAAUUAUGCACGAGGUUGGCCACGCCCUUGGCUUCCACCACGAACAGUCGAGAAGUGAUCGAGACAACCAUGUUGUUCUUUUCUUGGAAAACGUGGAUCCUGACAUGAGAUUCAACUUUAAAAAAGAGCGAGACAACAACUACUCUGUGGAGUACGACUAUACGUCUCUCAUGCACUACCAACUCGAUGGAUAUAGCAUAGAUCCAUUUGAAGUUCGGACUCUGAUGCCCAAAAAUCCACUUGAUGCUUAUCUGAUUACAGAGAAGAGCGGGCUCAGUUUCCGCGACAUAAAAUUAGCAAAUCUGAUGUACAAAUGUGGCAGUCACUGUCGUAACCAGUUGACUUGCUACCAUGGUGGCUACAUCGGACCUGAUUGUAGCUGUAGGUGUCCUCCAGGCACUAGAGGGCGCCAGUGUGGAAGUAAAUUCCAAGAUUACUAUCCUCCCAAUGUCUGCGGUGAAAUGGUAACGUCCGAACGGAUAAUCUCGUCCCCAGGAUUUCCCGAUCAACAGAAAAAAGACACCACGUGUAUUUGGUGGAUACAGGCACCCUACGGAAAAAGAGUCCAACUUGUCACCAAAGCGUUUGAACUUGAGAACAGAUACGUGGGAACUAAAGACACCGUGUUGCACAAAAAGUGUAUCUGGGAUAAACUAGAUGUCCGAACUGAUAAUCUGUACAUGGGAACAAUAUACUGUGGCGAAGAAAUAAAGAAAGGAGAGGUAUUUACUUCUUCUGCCAGAGACCUGGUUCUAGAGUAUCACGCCAUGUCUCCGUACAGAAAGGGGUUUCAGUUCAAUGUGGAAUUCUUGCCGGUUCGAAGAUUCAAUUCAGACAUCGGCAAAAGUUGUGGAAACAGUUUUAAAAUGAAAUAUGACGUCAGUUACCACGUGACUACUCCAAAAUAUCCUAACAACUAUGAACCAGAGACAAAAUGUGAAUACACGUUCUGGGCACCUUCUUCAACAGACCGUUUGCAUUUGCAUUUUUAUGAUUUUAUUUUUGAAAAGAGCCUGUCUUGCUCGAAAGACAAUGUCACGAUUGAAUCCUUGGUUACAGGAGAUACACAAGUGUAA